CAGGAGCAAAAAGCGUACAACAGGUUACAAACUAUCAGGUGCAUCUUAACAUCUCCAUCUGCAUCUGGCUCAGAUUGACCUAUGGGGGUCGUUUACCAUGGAUACAACAGAUCAACCAAACACGACUCAAGAGGAACCUUCUCUACUCAAAGCCACAUCGUCCAACUGCUGCUUUUCAAUGAAUGAUGAGAACCUCCUCAACCUGGAUGACAGCACCAAGCUGGUUGGAGUUCAGGUUAUUCUCAUCCUGGCUUACAGCACUAUCAUCUUGUUCGGAGUCACAGGAAACUCUUUGGUGAUUUACGUCGUGUACAAGUUUAAAAACCUGCGGACCGUGACUAACUUCUUCAUUGUGAACUUGGCUGUGGCUGACUUGCUGGUCAACACACUGUGUUUGCCGUUCACCCUCGUCUACACGCUCUACGACGAGUGGAUAUUCGGUCAGGUUUUGUGCUUCAUGCUGCCCUUUGCUCAGGGCAUGACAGUGCACGUAUCCACCAUGACGCUGAACAUCAUUGCUCUGGACCGCCACAGGAGCAUUGUACAUCACAUGGAUACCAAGAUGUCCAAAGACUUGUGUGCAAUGGUCAUUGUCUUCUCUUGGGCCAUUAGCGCCUUACUGGCCAGUCCGCUGGCCAUUUUCCGGGAGUACGGUUCCUUCAGUUUUUCCCCAGACGGUUCCAUUCAAGUGUGUACAGAGAAGUGGCCAGGAAGCAGCAUGAAUGGACGGAUCUACAGUAUGUCAAUGCUUCUGGUCCAAGUGGGCGUGCCUUUGGUCAUUAAUUCUGUUGCGUACAUACGCAUUUGGAACAAACUGAAGAAACACAUGACGUGUGGUCGAAACGACCAUCAACGAAGGAGCAAAACCACUAAGAUGAUGUUGACCAUGGUGGUGGUGUUUGUCGUAAGCUGGUUGCCCUUCCAUGCAUUUCAGCUGGCGAUCGACAUCGACAGCACCGUUCUGCAUAUGAAGGACUUCAAGCUGCUCUUCACCGUGUUCCAUAUCAUCGCGAUGUGCUCGACGUGUGUGAACCCCAUCCUGUAUGGGUGGAUGAACAACAACUACAGGACAGCCUUUUUGUCUGUGGUCAAAUGUUACCGGCCCUUAAGCGUGAGGUAUAGAUGCUCUAAAGAUGGAGAGAAAGAGAAGGAUGAAGACAGGGUUUGUUCAGACUUCAGAUCAACAAAUCUGUAA